AUGAGGAACCCGCGGGAGCUCGCAGACCGAUCAAGAUAUUGCCGAUUUCAUCGGCAGCACGGACAUGACACUGAGCAGUGCUACGAGCUGAAGAGGCAAAUCGAGGAGCUCAUCGUCAGAGGUCACCUCGGCCAGUACCUCCAGCCGAACAAAGAGCAGUCACCUCGCCCAGAGGGCCCCGUCGAGCGGCACAUCGAUGUGAUAGCCGGGGGCCCCGCAUUAGGAGGAGGCUCCAUGUCGGGCAGGAAGGCGUAUGCCCGAGCCGCUCCCGACGAAGCCUCGGGGCACGAGCCGGAGCCCGAGAUUACCUUCCCAACCGGAGUUGCCAAGCGAUCCGACCACGACGACGCCUUGGUAAUAUCGGACAAGGUAGCCAACGCACAGAUGAGGAGGAUCAUGGUUGACACGGGGAGCUCGGCCGACAUACUCUACUUCGACGCCUUGCAGAAGCUGGGCUUGGCCAGGGAGAAUCUGAGCCCGAUGUGCUCGGCGCUCACCGUCGGGGAAGCCACGGGAAGCCCCCGAGAGUCCAGGCGGUGUUACCUUACCGUCGUAUCAUUGGGCAAGAGAGCCAGGACCGAGGCGCCCCUGGAAGAUCCGCGGGAAACGAAAAAACUAACUCCGCAUCCCGAGCCGAGGGGGUCCACCGUUGACAUCUCUUUGCGAGAAGCUCGGUCGGACCAGACCGUGAAGAUCGGCUCGGAGCUACCAGAGCGGGAACGGGAGCAGCUCGUCGGCCUCCUACGGGAAAAUGCCGACGUCUUCGCCUGGUCCCCAUCGGACAUGACGGGUGUCGACCCGGAGGUCGCGGAGCACCAUCUCAACAUCCCACCUGACGCUCGCCCGAUGAAACAAAAGUCCCAGCGCCAGGCCCCCGACCGACAACGUGCAAUACAAGAGGAGGUGGACCGGCUCCUAGCCGCGGGCUUCAUAGAAGAAGCCAAAUAUCCUCAAUGUCUCAACAAUGCAUGCCCUAAAGACUGCUACCCUCUCCCGAAGAUCGACCAGCUGGUCGACGCGACGGUCGAUCACGCGCGACUCUCUUUUAUGGACGCCUACUCAGGGUAUAACCAGAUCAGGAUGGCGCCCGGAGACAGAGAGCACACGACCUUCCUCACCGAUCAAGGCGUGUACUUCUACAAAGUCAUGUCGUUCGGGCUAAAAAAUGCUGGGGCCACAUACCAGAGAAUGGUAAACAAGAUGUUCGCCCAUCAAAUCGGGAGGAACAUGGAGGUCUACGUGGACAACAUGAUCGUGAAAAGCCAAGAGGCCAGAACACACCUGGCCGACCUGGCCGAGGCCUUCGCCACGCUGCGCAAGUUCGGCAUGCGGCUCAACCCCACGAAGUGCGCUUUCAGCGUCACCUCCGGGAAGUUCCUUGGGUUCAUCGUGCACGAGAGGGGAAUCGACGCCAACCCGGAGAAGGUUCAAGCAAUAAUCAACAUGCAGUCUCCCCGGACGGUUAAAGACCUGCAGCGACUUAACGGAAGACUUGUCGCUCUCUCUCGCUUCCUCGCCCGAUCGGGCGAUCGCUGCCUCCCAUUCCUCAAGGCGCUCAAAAGCCCGAAGAACUUCCAGUGGACUUCAGAAUGCGAGGAAGCUUUCAAACAAAUAAAACAGCACAUGGCCAGCCUUCCCCGGCUCGCCUCCGUCUCCCCGAGCGAGAAGCUGGACCUCUACUUGGCGGCCUCCCAGCAUGCAGUCAGCUCUGUCCUGGUCAAGGAAAGCCCCGGCCAACAACUCCCGAUCUACUACGUCAGCCACGUCCUAAGUGGACCCGAGGAGCGUUACCCGCCGAUAGAGAAACUCGCGCUCGCCCUGGUGCUCUCAGCUCGGAAGUUGCGCCCCUACUUCCAGUUGGAGGACGUAGAUCUCAAGCAGGCUCCCGAAGCUUGGACCCUACACGUCGACGGCUCGGCCAACUCAAGGGGCGCCGGCGCAGGGCUGGUCCUCCUCGCCCCUGACGGACGCUCGUUCGAGCGAUCCCUUCGCUUCGGGUUCAAGGCCACCAACAACGAGGCGGAGUACGAGGCGCUCCUAGCAGGACUAAGGCUGGCCCUCGAGAUGCAAGUGGCCGCGAUACGCGUCCUCACCGACUCGCAACUUGUGGCCGAGCAGCUCAACGGCGGAUACGAAGCUCGGGACGCAACCAUGGCGAAAUACCUGGCACGGCUAGAGGUUGAGGAGCUCCCUGCCCGCGCCGUCGAAAUAGCAACUACAGCCCCAGGCGGCGCGCCGACCACGUGGGUACAAGAGCUACUGCGCUUCAAGCGGGAUGGAACCCUUCCCCUCGACGAAGUUGCAGCUCGGCGCCUGCGUCGUACGCACACAUGGUACACCGUGGAGUGUGGCCGCCUCUACAAACGGUCCUUCACCUAUCCCCUCCUGCGAUGUUUAGAGCCUGACGAAGCCCAGAUGGUCCUAACCGAAACCCACGAGGGGGUAUGCGGUGAGCACAUCGGCGGGCGAACCUUGGCGCACAAGAUACUCCGUCAAGGCUACUACUGGUCGACCAUGUGCCAGGACGCCAAAGCCUAUUGGGGUUUGGACCUGCUCAGACUCUUCCCACCAGCCUCUGGACAGCGGAAGUACAUAAUUGUGGGGGUGGACUAUUUCACAAAGUGGGUCGAGGCCGAACCACUGGCGACAAUCACGGAACAUCAAAUGGAGAAGUUCGUGUGGAAGAACCUAGUAACUCGGUUCAGGUUACCCAAGGCCAUUAUCACAGACAAUGGACCUCAGUUUGCCGGCAGAAGAUUCCAGGAGUUCUGUGCCGAUCAUGGCAUCCAACUGAGGUUCAGUUCGGUGGCCCAUCCUCAGACCAACGGGCUAGCGGAGGUAACCAACUGA